GGAAGAGAGCGGGCAGACACAAGAGGUCGAUCUUGCGGACAAGGGGGGCCCCCCCUCGGGCUAACGCCACAAGGAGCUGUUGAACAGUCUCCGAGCAGCUUCUUCUUUUACGAAACGAUCCACUUCUUCGUGUGGACGCAGAUUUAUCUGCGGCUUGGAGCCGCUGGCUCCGCUAGCGAUACAAUAAGGAGGCUGGCGGCAGCACGCGGCACUACGAGAGACGACUGGAGCUUGGGUACGUCAACGUUAUAGACAGAGCGGCCGGGAGGCGCCCGUCUGCUAGCGCUGCACCACAGAUCUUCAACUCGAACACAAUGUUCGCUCUCCUGCGGCUUCAGGCUGCACUGCUGCCGCUGUUCGCAUCGUUACAUACCGGUCACGGCCACUUUCAGUGCCCUCUGGAGUGUGUCGGAACGUUCGUCGUGCCCACCGACAGGGGCGUGAGGGUAAUCAGUGGCCCGGCUGCCAAGAAGGUGGGCAAAAUUAUAAAAGAUCUCACCGAGACUCGGCCAUCAUCGCCGGACGACGAGAUAACCAUCGCCGGAGAGAAGGUUCCUGUACCCUCGAAAGUCAAAUCCCAGAUGCGAAACGCACUCAAUACUUUUCCGGAGCUGUCACCCGUCUUUCUGGAUAUACUUCGGAACCGAGGACCGAUAUCUUCGCCAGACGGAAAGCAGCGAUUCUCGUCGUCCGGUUCUCAAGAAGAACCGGUAACGCCUGUAGGUAACCCGGAGCAAACGGUAGGACCAGACGCCCCUCUGGCUCGCCUUCCUGACCACUUUCGCCCUUCGGAGCCUCGACCUUUUGAAAAACCAAUUGGUCCUGACACAUUCGGUCGCUUAGUCCCUGGACAACGCAAACCACAGAACAAUCCACAAGCUUCUGGAUCUCCUGAAUUUUUCGUUCCAAAACCGUUCGAUCCUGAUACUUCCGGGCCGUCAAAUGACCAAUCUUCCCGAUCAAAAGGGCCCCUGUAUUCCAAGUUUUUCGGCCCUAAACGCUCAAAACCGCAAUUUUUCGGGCAACCCGAAGAGCAGAUCCCUAGUGAUAUUGAAUCUUCUGAGUCUGAAGAAUUUGAACCCACAAGACCAACUGAGAAAUUUCCGCGUUCGAAAAAGACCGAGACGAAUUCAAAUGGAGCCCAGAAAUCGUCGUUACCUGAUACUUCUGAUGAAUCAAGCCCCGAAGAUUCGCUACCUUCAGGUCCUCAGAAUGACUUUCCGUUGAGUUCUAAAAACUUCAAGCCUGACAGCUCUUCAGAGCCUGAAGAUGGCAUGCCAGUAGAUAACGAACCCUUAGGUCCAAGUGAAUCAAGCCCUCAGAAUGACUUUCCGUUCAGUUCCAAAACAUUGAAGCCGGACAGCUCAUCAGAGCCUGAAGAGAGUACACCAGGAGAUAACAAACCCUUCGGUCCAAGUGAAUCUGAAGAAUCCAGCAACCCUGAUAGCUUUAGUCCUGAAGGCUCCUCCGAGCCUUCCAGUUCAGGUGGUUCAAAUCCCACCUUUUCAAGUCAAGCCUCCUGCCUUCUCACCCAGCCAAGACUGCCGAUUCAAAAUUUUCGAGACCUUCAGGGUUCCCGCCUUCCAGUCAAUCGGAACGGCAACCAUCUCGUCCUACCGAUGAGCUUUCAACUCCUGAGGCAAACGAGAAAACUCCAGAAGUCAGCCUUCCAGACCUUGUUAAUGUUCCACCUAAAGAUAAGCGUAUUCCUGAGGACGUCCAUUCAUACUUGAAAUUUUUGGAAGAUAACCCUAGUUUAUUCGUACCUGUUUACAAAAUACUAGUUAACAAAGGAGUGAGGUUUCCAGACUUAAGAAGGCCGUUUGAUCACGUCACCAUCCACGGAAAGCGGGUCAACCUUCCUAGACCAAUCACCGCGGCCUUCACUGUAAGAAUCAACGACCAGACUUUCACGUUGCCGCGAGACGCUGACAAGCUUGCCACCUUCGCCUCCCAGCAUCCUGAGCAACUUCCCGCAAUAACGACAGCAAUUCGCCAGCUUGGUGGAACACUGACGCCCGAUAACACAGGCAGGGUUUCGUCAUUCACGCUGUUUGACAAGAAAACUGGGCUACCGCACUCUGUUACACCGAGAAUCGUCGUAAACGGGCGUCGUUUCACACUUCCCAAUGACAUGGAAGAACUGGUGAGAACCAUCGAAAAAAGGCCCCAGCUGUUUCACAAGAUCCUGCCGAUUCUUGAGACUUUCGGCGCACGCCCUCAAAGAUCGCCUUCUGGAGAAAUAAGGUCCAUUGAGUUCCGAGGAAGAAACUUUCCCGUACGCUCUGUGACACCUGUUCCCGUCUUUAUCCGUGGACGGAGAUACAACAUUCCAGCAGACCUUGAAAGGAUUUUGGCACAACCGGACAGCCAGGUAGUAGGCGAGCUCAUUAGUGCUCUCCAGAGAUCCAAGGUGCCCGUAGUCGUCGACAAUGACACUGGAAACGUCGUGGGCAUCGAAAGGGAUGGCGUUCGUAUUCCUUUCCCGGUAACCAUUCACCUCGGAAUCAAGUUGGGAGGACGACACUUUCUGAUACCACGUGAUCUUCCAUCUAUUGUCACGCAGCUGGAGCGACACGGCGUGCCCACCGACGUCCUCAAUGUCCUCUACAAUAACUACGGAAUUAUCCCGGUUCGCGGCCCCGACCAUGACGUCACCGCUAUUGAGUUCAACGGGAAGCGCUAUCCGAUCAAACCGCAACCAAAGACAAGUAUAGAAGUUGGGGGCCACCGCCUAAUGCUGCCAAGGGACAACCGCAAGCUUGUUCGCCUGUUCCAAGAACGCAAGAUACCGCUGGAUCAGUUACUACGUACGAUUCAGAACGCAGGAUACAGGCUUGUGCCAGGACCCAAUGGAGUGCUGCAGACGGCCCACAAAGGAUACGACGUCAUCAAACUUCCUGUGGGCAUUCGCAUGCUGCUCAGCAUCAACGGCGUCAAGUACAGGAUACCGCAAGACAUUCCACACAUCGUCGAACUGCUUCGUACGAUAAGAAACGAAGCCGCUGUCGAAAAAAUUCUGGACAACCUCAAAACGUUCGGCGUUGACGUCCGCAAAGGACCCGGUCAAGUGACACUGAGCUUCAAUGGCGAGAAGCAAACGUUUCCUUUGAAUCAGGAGCAUACAUUCAAUAGACCAGGCACAGGUGGUAUAUCGGGGUCAGUAGUAAGUGUCAACUUCAACGGCCGCUGGUACCGUCUCCCUAAGGACGCCAAGGACCUGGUAACGGCCGUCCGUGCAAGCGGUCCUGAAGUCAUCGCUUUGCUCGUCAAGACUCUGCAGUCGAACGGCGUCAAAGUGAAUCUCACGCCGAGCGGCGACGACAUCGUCUCUUUUGUAAUUCAGGGUAGAGUAAUUCCGGUGCCUAGCAAUGGCGGCAACAUUGGCCACCAGAGGACAUCACCUGCAGGUCACGCCCAUGGCAGCGACGAAGACAGUCCAAAUAGGUUCCGUGUUGCCAUCCGCGGUCGCGAGUUCGUGAUACCUGACGACAUCGGCCGCCUGCCCAAGCUUCUGCCUGGCUUCCAGUACGGCGAACUCAUCACGGCGCUUCACCGAGCGGGCCACAAAUUGGAGGUGGAUGACCAGGGCAUGUUCUACGGUAUGCGCGUUCACGGUGGCCGGCUGGUUAAUUUCCCGGUCAGAUUCAGCGUCAGUGUGUUCGCGGAUAGAAAGGGAAGGCCGUACCGCGUGCCAAAAGAACUAGAGCAACUGGCACGGGUGCUGCCGUUGCGCCGUUGGAAUUGGAACGCAGUGCGUAAGACUCUCGAAAACGCUGGUAUCGAGAUCAGGGGAGGAAAUGGGGGCGCACCACACUUGAUCGGCUUCCAGGGACAGUUCUACAAGGUUGCUAAAAGCCACGGCGGCGCAGGGUACUGAUAAGCAGUAACCGUGACAAAAAGGGAGCCGAGGCGGUACGUGUGUUUCUUUCAGCACUUUCACAUAGACAUCACGUUAGCAAAAAAAAAAAAAAAAAGAUACGAACGUUCUCACCUGCCACCACGAGCUUUCACUUAACAACCGGUCGUUUGGUAUCAAUAAACCGAUGUGUGUGCGC